UAAAAAAUAAAAAAAUUAUAUCUCUUUUGGUUUCAUUUGGCUUCUCCCCUUGGUGUUUUCCUUCUCUCCCUUGCAAUGCAAGAAAUAAAAUUACUCUAUAGGGAGUUGGAAACCCCAAGUAUUGUUCUUGUUUAUUCAUCCCUUUAAAAUUUUCCUCAAAAAAUAUAUAAUAAAAAAAGGGAGGAAUUUUUUUUAUUAAAAACAAAAUGGUUAAAACACUAGAACAAGAACAAGAAAAUUGCAAAUCCAAACUAUUCAAUUUCAAAGGAAUGUUUGAGAAUACAGGGAGACAUACAAAAAGUUUAAGCAUUGAAAGUGCCAGCACAUUAGAUCCUAUAGAAGAUGAUCCUUCUUCAUCAAGAAGUCAAGGAUCAAAACCUCUUCAUGAUUCAGAAAAAGUACUUCCUAACAAAUCAAGAACAAUCAAGGAGGAAAUUGCAGCAAAAGAAGCCAAAGACAAGCUAAUACAAGAACUGGAACAGAUGAAGGAGAGAUUUGCUAAACUAUUAUUGGGAGAGGAUAUGUCUGGUGGAGGAAAAGGUGUUUCUUCAGCAUUAGCAUUAUCAAAUGCAUUAACAAAUCUUGCUGCUGCUGUUUUUGGCGAACAAAAGCGGUUAGAGCCAAUGGCGCCCGAAAGGAAGGCAAGGUGGCGAAAAGAAAUCGAUUGGCUUCUUUCCGUCACCGAAUACGUAGUUGAAAUGGUUCCUACACAACAGAAAUCUAAAGAUGGUUCAAUCAUGGAGAUUAUGACAACGAGGCAACGAACCGAUCUUCACAUGAAUAUCCCUGCCUUGAGAAAGCUUGAUACAAUGCUUAUUGAUUGUCUAGACAAUUUCAAAGACCAAACUGAAUUUUAUUAUGUAUCAAAAGAUGCUGAUGAUCAAAAUAAAGAUAGUUCAAAAUCAAAAAAUGAUGAUAAAUGGUGGUUACCAACACCUAAGGUACCUGUAGAUGGUUUAUCUGAGGCAGCAAGAAGGUUUCUUCAAUAUCAAAAAGAUUGUGUAAAUCAAGUACUUAAAGCAGCUAUGGCUAUAAAUGCUCAAACUCUAUCAGAAAUGGAAAUCCCUGAAAGCUAUAUUGAAUCCUUACCUAAGAAUGGAAGAGCAAGUCUAGGGGACUUGAUCUACCGGAGUAUUACCGACGAAUUUUUCGAUCCGGAUCAGUUCCUAGGGACAAUCGACAUGUCGUCGGAACACAAAAUCCUUGAUCUGAAGAAUAGAAUUGAGGCAUCAAUAGUUAUUUGGAAGAGGAAGAUGAACCAAAAAGAUACAAAAUCAUCAUGGGGUUCUGCUGUUAGUAUGGAGAAAAGAGAACUCUUUGAAGAGAGAGCAGAAACCAUCUUAAUUCUCUUGAAGCAUAGGUUUCCAGGACUUCCACAAUCUUCAUUGGAUAUAAGCAAAAUCCAAUUCAACAAGGAUGUAGGACAAGCUGUUCUUGAAAGUUAUUCAAGAAUAUUGGAAAGUUUAGCCUUCACAGUACUAUCAAGAAUAGAAGAUGUACUCCAUGCAGAUGGCCAAACUCAAAAUCCAUCACAAGGAAGAAAAAGCAAUGCAAGGAAUCCAAUUCCAAAGCCAGACAAAUGUCCAACACAAAGAGAAGAGGUAGAAAAGAGUGGCGGCGCAGAAACACCGUUGUCGUCGAUGACACUAUCUGAUUUCAUGGGUUGGAGUAAUGACCAAGGUGAAUCAGAUAAAAAGGAUCCUCUUGCUGUUUCAGAUGAAUUGGAAAAAGAUAUUGAUAAUGGUGGAAAGCUUCAAAAACUUCCAAUUAUAAAUACUGAUCAUAAGAAAAUGUCUUACCUUGAGACAAUGGGAGUUCUCAGAGGGAGAGGAGAGAAAGAAGAAAUGUGCUAAUAAAAAAUAUGCAAAGAAAAUGCUAAAGCUUCAAAAGAGGGAGAGGAAAGAAAGAUUUGAUUAUUUCAUUAUUCUUUCUUCUUUUUGUAUAUAUAAAGAUGAAUGUACAACAAAAUCAAAAGGGUUUUAAGCAUUUUGUCAUAUAUUUUAUGUAUGACAUGUUCUCCUUGUAAGAGGGAUUUGUAGUUUGGCAGAUACAAAAAAUGUGAAUUCAAAAAACCAGAAACAUAUAUUUUGG